UUGAAGCGUAAAGACGGAGGUUUUGUUAGCCGGUUGUUUAAAUUUUAUGUCGUAGUUUUUUGUUGCUUACCGUGUGCCUCUGUAUUAGUUUUACGCUAUUAUUAUGCCGGUUCAUUCGCGUGACAGAAAAGAGUCGCAGGAAGAUAUGGACGUGGACUAUCCAGAUCAAGAAGCCGCCAGCAGUUCUGAUGAGGAAGACACCGUAAGCUCGUCGGCAUCUGAAGAUGGAGACAGCUCAGAAAUGGAUGAUGAAGAUUGCGAAAGGAGGCGAAUGGAAUGUCUGGAUGAGAUGACCAGUCUUGAGAAGCAGUUCACUGACCUCAAAGACCAGUUGUACAAGGAGAGACUUCACCAGGUGGACCUUAAGUUACAAGAGGUAAAAGCUGGCAGUGCUGCUGAAUACUUGGAGCCUCUUGCCAACCUCCAGGAGAAUAUGCAGAUCCGCACAAAAGUGGCUGGUAUCUACCGUGAGCUUUGUUUGGAGUCUGUGCGGAAUAAGUAUGACUGUGAGAUGCAAGCAGCAAGCCAGCACUGGGAGAGUGAGAAGCUCCUUCUGUUUGAUACAGUCCAGAGUGAACUAGAGGAGAAGAUCAGGCGUCUGGAGGAGGACAGACAAAGUAUAGACAUUACUUCAGAACUGUGGAAUGAUGGAUUGCAGGCAAGAAUGAACAAAAAGAAACAUCCAUUCUGUCCUGGAAAGAAAAAGAAACCUGUUGUUGUGUCAGGACCAUAUAUUGUUUACAUGUUGCAAGACCUAGACAUACUUGAAGACUGGACAGCUAUAAGAAAGGCUAUGGCUUCGAUGGGACCACACAGAGUAAAAGUUGAUGUCGCAUCAAAAGCUGAAGGGCACCAUCAUCAUCAUCAUCAUCAUCAUCAUCAUCACCAACAUGUUGCUCGCUCUGAGGAUGGACGUUUAUUCUAUGACAACAAGUGGUACAGCCGAGGGCAGGCCAUAUGCAUUACCCGCAAGGAGGAGUACCCCAUUAGUGCUAUUAUAACUGCCAUUAACCAUGAUGAGGUCUGGUUCAAGCGUUUGGAUGGCAGCAAAUCAAAGCUCUACAUUUCACAACUCCAGAAAGGCAAAUACAUCAUCAACCACUCCUAAAUUCCUAAACAUUCUUACUUCCCCCACUUUGGUCUUGGUGCUGUCCUACAUAUGGUGCACCUCAGUAACAUCUCUUGAACUUUCAUGUUUGGUUUACUAUAGGCCCUUGUUUGCUUGAUCCAGCUGUUGAAUUGCAGUGUGUGUUAAAUCGUAUGUGUGUGUGUGCCAAUCAUUUUCAUCCUCAAUCUAAGAGGAAUGUAGUGCUGCUAAAAAGAAACACAGGCUGGUUACCAAGGAAACUGUGUGCAUGCAUGCAUGUGUAUGUUUGCAUGCAUGCUGUAAAUAGGACUACAAGCUGUUGUUUCCAGAAACCCUUGUUAAAGAAUAAUAGGGAAGAAAGCUGCCUAAAGGCCACCUUAGCUGUGUGCAUUGUUGCCAUGCCUGUUUAGACCUCUGAAAUGUUCAAGUAUAUUUUUGUCAGAGAACUGUGUAUGCCUCAGUAUUGUGCCACUAUUACUAUGUCCAAGACAUCUGCACAUAAUUCAAUCUAAAGGGCAAACUAAUUCAAGUAUGUUAGUUUUAGAAUGUUCAAUUUCACAUCAAAGUCUCUGUCCAUAAGGAAUUAAAUAUAUAAUGUGUAGUUUUCAAAUAUACAUUAUUUAAUGUAUUAAGUGUUUGGGAGCCUUAUACAAAAGUAUUAACAGAACGUUGAGUCUGGAUGUACCUCAUUUUUUUUAUUUUAUUUUAUGUCCGUGUACAAAUUGAUACCACCAUGCUCAUAAUUUUGUUAAAUGGUGCUGUAAACCAGUUCGGGGGUGGAAAUGUAGCAUUAAAAAAGUGAUUCAAAUUCA